AUGUCGCAGACUGAAAUGUCCAAGUACCUAAAGCAGACGCACGACCGUGUGUUCGAGCACAACCGUGCCUGGGCGGAGGAGCAGAAGAAGAAGGAUCCCGAGUUCUUCGAUAAGCUAUCCGCAGGGCAAACCCCGGAGUAUCUGUGGAUAGGAUGCAGCGAUUCGCGAAUUCCAGCUGAGCAGAUCACAGGUUUGGGUCCAGGAGAGGCGUUUAUUCACCGCAACAUUGCCAACCUAGUCGUCAACACCGAUCUUAACGUCAUGAGCGUCAUCAACUACGCGGUCCGCCAUUUGCAGGUCAAGCAUAUUGUAGUGUGUGGACACUAUGGUUGCGGCGGUGUUAAGGCUGCUAUGACGCCGAAGGACCUAGGGCUGCUUAACCCGUGGCUGAGGAACAUCCGAGACGUUUACCGCCUACACGAAAAAGAGCUAGAUGAAAUUAAGGAUGAGAACGAGCGCUACAAUCGCCUAGUAGAGCUGAGCGUCGUUGAGCAGUGUCGCAACGUUAUCAAGACGGCAGCUGUUCAGAAGUCAUAUGCUAAAAACCAGUUUCCUAUCGUCCACGGAUGGGUAUUCGGAUUUGAGGACGGUUUGCUCAAGGAUCUGAAGGUCGAUCAUGAAGAGAUGCUGCGCGGUAUCCAGAAGAUUUACAACCUCACGGAGUGA